UACGACUGGAGGUUUCCCUAUGGGGUGAGGUAAAAUAGGGUGGCGUGUGUAAAGCCGCGCGGGGCGCGAGGGCGAGCCAGAUAGGCGCGCGUAUAAAAGCUUAGUGCGGCGGGUGAUCGUCAACAUUACCGUUCACUCUGCAGUUUGUCAGACUCAGUCGUGUUCCAAAACUGGUUUUUGCGGCCAACCAUGGAUGAGCACGAGAUUGCAGAGAACGAAGCGGGCGGGUUCUUGUCGAAGACUAGUACCCAAGACUUGCGGUUUCACUUCGAAGACGGGAAGAAGCCACUCUUCUGGAUGGUGGGAAUGAUGGACUGCUUCACAAAUAUUUUCUCGCUCUUCGCCAACAGCGAAAUGAGACCAACAAGAGAGGAAGAUUGGGAAGUGCCAUUUGAGAGCAUCACGGAUAUGAUGUACCUAGGCUCUGGGGCCCAGGGGGUAGUGUACAGCGGCAACCUUAGAGGUGAAAUGGUAGCCGUCAAAAAAUUACGAGAGAAAGAAGAGACCGACAUCAUGCACCUGAGGAAACUCAACCACGACAACAUAGUUCGUUUCCGUGGCGUCUGCUCGGAAGGAGAAAACUAUUGUAUUAUCAUGGAGUUCUGUCAAUACGGGCCACUCUACGACUUCCUUCACAGCGGUGCAUCUUUUACACCCAGACAGAUCAUUAGGUGGGCCAAAGAUAUUGCCCAAGGCAUGGUCUAUUUGCACAACCGCAAGAUUAUCCAUCGUGAUCUGAAAAGCCCCAAUGUCCUGGUAGCUGACAAUCUUGUCGCAAAGGUGAGUGACUUUGGCACCAGCCGAGAGUGGGACAACGAGAGUGCCGUCAUGAGCUUUACUGGCACAGUGGCCUGGAUGGCGCCCGAAGUGAUUCGCCAUGAGCCUUGCUCUGAGCGUGUGGAUGUCUGGUCUUUCGGUGUUGUGUUAUGGGAGCUGUUGACCCAGGAGAUCCCGUACAAGACCUUGGAGACUCAUGCUAUUCUCUGGGGAGUGGGCACCGAAACUAUUUUGCUGCCAGUUCCGAACAGUUGCCCGGAGAGCCUGAAACUCUUGCUGAACCAAUGCUGGGACCGUGUGCCUAGGAACAGGCCACCUUUCAAGAUAAUUUUGGCUCACUUGGACAUCGCCGGCGCUGAAUUCAGUAGGGUCCUGCCCGACCGUUUUAGCGUGACCCAGGCGACAUGGCGUAAAGAGAUCGAAAAUGAAAUGAAGGAGAUCUAUACGAGGAACAAGGAGAAGUUUGAACAGGCUCAGAAACUGCAGUCAGUUCGUCGCGAGGAGUUGCGCUUGGCUCGCGACACGCGUCUCAUCUACGAGCAGCAGCUCUCCCGCGCCAACGAACUAUACAUGGAGGUCUGCGCCGUCCGCCUCCAGCUCGAACAGAAAGAGAAGCACCUUGACGAGCGCGAGAAAGCUCUGAAACUCUGCCGUUGCGGCCUGCGUAAGACUCUGAAGUACUACCAGCGUCAGAACUCGUCAUCGUCGGACGGUAAGUCUCCGCUCGAGGUCAUCACGGAGGUGCCUCGCCGUCGCAAGCGCCCGGAGGCCCACGUGAUCGUGAGCUACAUAGAAGAAGACAGACAGACGGUCACCACCGUCAUGGAGGAGUGCGAGUGCAUAGACAACUGCAAGAACAACAACUUGGACGUAAUACAGACCAGCGUGGUCGAGAGGAACGGUAACAUUGAAGAGACCACCUGCGCCUUCCCGUUCGGCAGCAAUGACAACUACGCCCCAGGUCAAAUCCCAGAUGUGGCUCACGUCUAAACAGCCUCUGGUCUAACCUCUGUACCAUUUAAUUUCGGUUCAGGCAAGAUGGAUAUUCGUUGGCGUGCAGAGGCCCGAUUUUACGUCAAACAUCCCACUUUUUACGGUUACGUUCGUAAAGGAAAGGAUCACGGAAUUGUGACGAAAGGAUUUUGUUUGUUAAAUAUUUAUUUAUGUCCCUAAAACGAGUUCAGUUUUAUUUUCCCCGGAUCGGAGUUUCGUAACAUAUAUUUCAUGUCUAUCUCAAUGUGUGUAAGGUUAUUACAAAAAAAAAAAAACAAUAAAAUAUCAAGAAAACCGCAGCACGAAUAAAUGAAAGUGUUAGCAAAAAAAAAAUUGUGUUUAUUAGUUUAUAGGAAGUAAUUGAACGUUUAGAUUGCAAUAGUAAGCGAUUUAACUUGAUAACCACAUAAAUAUACUCGUAGUAGUCGUUGGCAGUGACUAAUUGUCGCAUGCAGAUCGCACAUUCGUAUCGUUAUUGUAAUAGCCACAUUUGUGAUUGUUGUUGAUGUACUCCUGCAUUCUAUGCGUCGAUCCUUUCCUAGGACUCUGGUAAUAAAAUAAAAUAAAAUAUUAGCCACCAUCGUCAGCGGCCUCUCAAAGACCGUACCAGAGUACAACCAGCCCGUGAAAUUUUCAAAACGGUCGUUCGAUUUUUUUAUACAUCAUCACUUCGUAAGGCUGAUUUUACACAUGUUUAUAUGUAUAUAUAAUAUAUAUUAUAUUAAUCUGUUUAUUUUCAAAGUUUCAAUCACCGAAUGUGAGUCCUAAUGAUUUCAACCCGUAAUUAUAUUUGUACCAAUCAAUUAUAUUUAAUUAAGGUUGUUAUUGGUUUGAUUCUGUCUUUCCGAAAAUGCUCUUAUUGUAUGCGACGGGUUGAUUUUGAAAUAUAGUGUGGUUUUUAUUCGAUUCAAACGUAAAUCUGAUUAAAAUCCUGAGAAUAGGUUUUCGCCGGAGACCACAGUAUUGUUAAGAAAUAUAUUUUCACAUUCUCACGGGACGCGGGCUCGGCAGUGUUUUUACAACACAUUCAUUAUAAUUAAAGUUAAGUUUAUUGGAUUCUUUAAAAAUAUUAUAAUAAUUAUAGAUUCCACAGUAUUUGCUUAUUUUUCGUAAUUCCUAAAGUGUACUUGAACUUUGAAAUAAUGUUUUAAACCAAAUUUCUGAAAUAUCCUUAAGCGUUUGUUCAAAGUUGCAUUCGAGUAAGACUAGUCUGGUUAAAUUAAGUCUAUUGUGAUGCGAGAGUGAAGCGCUAAGAGUGAUAUUUUUAUAUAAACGUAUGGAGUAAGGAUUUAGCUAUCUCGUGUGUUUAAAUAAGAAUGAAAUGCAAACAUUGCGCAUGCUAGUUUUGGACAUGGAAUGAGAUAAACGUGAUUUUCGUUUAAAAAUUACAAUCGAUACGAAAAAUACCGUUACAGGACGCGCCAUACAACUUAUGUUUUAGUUAAAACUCGUAAUUAUGAAGAGAAAAAUUAAUAUGUCAAAAUGUAUUGAAUAUGUUUAUUUUAUUUUUUAUUUCAUCAUACGUUUUAUAUUUUGCAAGUUAUAUCUUGAAUCUAAUGUUUACUAUACUAAGAUAAUUUUUAUAUUUUAUACCAUAUCGAAUAAAUAAAAGAAGUUUGAGGUUCAACAUUAGAAUCUCAGGUAAUGAAUGAAUGAUGAAUGAAUGAUUUAUUUUAUUUCAGACAACAAUAAGUCCAUAUGUGUACAUAGUAUCAUUGAAAUAUACUUAACAUUAACAAAACCAAUCAAAUAAAAAAUAUACAUUUAUUAAAAGUAGCUAUCAGUGGAAUACAUUUCAAAUAUUCCAUUCCACUGAUACCUACAUCGAACCAACCAUUAUUAUUACUAAUAUUAUUUACUCCGCAAGUGAACCAUGGUACAAUGGUUCAAGUACCGACAAUGACCGGUAAUGAUCUCUUAAUUCAUUCUAGUCAAAAUUACGCCGAAAUGGAAGCAUUUUUUUUUUAACACCAUCGAGGACACUUGCUUAAGUUUCCCACCCAGCCAUGGUCAGUGUUUGUUGCCUAUGCCAAAAAAUGCUAGUGAUUGGAAUUAUUACGGAUUUUAGAUCUUCUCUGGCGUUAAAAAUUAGCGGAACAUUCGCGAAAGAAAUUCACUUACAAAACUGACGAAUCUGUGAAUUUACCUUUAUUCAUCUAUUGUCGCGGACUGGCCUUCUUUCGAUAAAUUGUUUGUUUAUUUUAUUUUUAAAUUAGAAAACGAUCAGCGAACAUAAAUAAUUUAAAAAUUAUUUGAUAAAUAACAUUCCGAUUAAUAUCAUCUUCACAUAAAAAGGGUACAAUUUAAUUCGAAUUUUGAUAUUAUACUUAUUGGACUUAAAUUUAAUAUCGACAACAAAAGUGCAGCAUGAGACGACUUCUUGGAACAUGCUUUAAAUGAAUUAGUUUUACAAUAGUUUUUGAAAGUUUUCGAUGCAUUUUGCUUCGACUGUACGCAGGGAAAGGAAUUUGAAUCAUUCUUUAAGAUUCUUCUGAUACGAUUAUAUGAUGUACUUUGCGAUAUUCUCUUUUCUCCGAGCGGCUUUUAUUGUAAUCAACUCCUCACUAAGACUUGAUGUUGUAGAAGCCAGGGCUUUAUUCGCGAUCACUUCUCAACUUGAUGAACGAAUUGGUCAGUAAGGCAUUAUUGUAUCCCGAUUAAUUAAAAAAAAAAACUGAUGUUAUUAAAAUUAAUGAUUAUAAAAAAAUUAAAUGUCCGUGUUUUGUGAUUUUGAAAUGUUACAGACAAAUUAAUAUUUAACGUACAUAUGUAGUAUGUAAUUCGAGUAUGUAAUCACAUCGGCCCUGGCAUUUCAGUAGAUUAGCCUAAUUUAUUAUAAUAUGUCAUUUAAAAAUAUCAAAUGUAAUCUGGU